AUGGGAAAAUCAUCUAUAUUUAAUCAAAAAAGAGCAAACUUUACAGACGAAAAUAAAAUAUUUAUCAGGGAACAAUCUGAUAAAUACCAAAAAUCAACAUCGAGAGAUGAAAAAACGAAUAUAAUCAAACAAGUUCUUCAAUAUUUUAAUAUUAAAUACGCCGAAAAUGAAUCUAAAGCUGUCAGAAGAUAUUUUAGUUAUAUUGCAGUUAAAAAUAUUCCCGCAGUUACUGGAAAAUAUCCUGAUACAAUUGUUCGCAAAGAUAUGCUUUAUUCGCAUGAUCAUACAAAUAUUAUUAAUUCAAAUAAUAUUGAACGUUACUACCGUUGCAUCGAUCAUUCUUGUCAAGCACGUUAUUUAGUUAAAAUUGAGAACAGUUCAGUUUCCGAAGAUUUACAAAAGGAACAUAUACCCGAAUGCAGACAAUUUAAAAAGUUACAAAAUGAAAAAAAUGAUCUUCAUAAAUCAAUGACUCUGACAGAAAUAUACAAUAAGGCAAUGGCAAAAUUUUCUGAAGACAACGGCACUUUUCAGCAGAUUAAAAAAUUUAUGACAGAACUUGCUGUUGGUACUGAUGAAAACCCAUUAAUUAAAGAUUCAUUGGUCAGGGAAGUUUAUAAUAAGUCCAGAAAAUUUUCUGUUGGAGAAAAAAUUACAGACGAUGAAAUUGCUAAUUUUUGUUUAAUAAAUGGCGAGCAGUUUUUCAUUGGCCAUGAUUUUCAAGCAAAUUGUGAGACGAUGUUUUUUGGUUUUGAGAAGGCAAUUCAAUUUGCAAAAGAAGCCACAGAUUUAUUUUGCGAUGGAACUUUUAAAAUUACACCAAAACAUUUUCAAAAAGGACAGAUGCUAACAAUUAUGAUUUGUGAACCUUCAACAAAUCAAUAUCUACCACUUUUAUUUAUAUUCAUGAAAAACCGCACAUUUGAAUCUUAUAAGAAGGCAUUUGAAUAUAUUUUUACUGUCAAGGGUAUUCAAUUUUCAAAGCUAAUUCAAAUUCAUUGUGAUUUUGAAAAGGGAAUGAUAGAGGCACUUCAACAAAUUUUCCCUAAAGUCCGUAUAAUUGGAUGCCUAUUUCAUUUCAAACAAGCUUUACACAGGAAACUUGUAGCACUUUAUACAAAAAAUUUCAAUACUUUACAAAAUUCUUUAUUUAAGCUAUAUUCUAUUACUCCAUUCAUGUCUCAUGAAGAAUUUGUACUUACAAUGCAUAUAAUUAAUCAAAAUAAAGUUGAUUCGAUCAAAGAUUAUAUUGAUUAUUUCAACAAAGUUUGGUUGCCGCACUACAAUUUAAUAUCUCAAUAUAAUAAUGCAACUGCAAUAUUCACUAAUGAUUGCCUCGAGAGUAUGCAUUCAGAAUUUUCUUCGUUAAAACAUCCAAACAUUUAUGAAGCUAUUAAGAAGAUAUCUCAAAUCCAAUUAGAUAAAUAUAACGCCAUCAAAAAUAACCAGAAGAUCGAGCGCCAUAUAAAAACCGUUAUCACUGAUAGCUACAAAAAUUAUAUUCUUGACUGCUUUCAAAAAGAACUUGAGAAAACAAUUUUUUCUAUCAAACAAUACAACGUAAGUGAUCUUUCUUUGGCUCAGAACGAGAUUUCUCCAUAUGGUUCCAUAGAAUCGAGUUCAUUGUUCGAAAAUAUUCCAGUUCAUGAUGCAGAUAUACUCAAAUCGAUCGAUCUAACAGAUAAAGAUACAAUGAUCACUAAGUUUAUUAAUGAAAAAAGAGAAAAAAUUAUGGCAUUAUUUAAUGAAACAUUAAAUCAUCCAGAUUUUAAUUCAUCCACUCCAAUUCAA